AGAGAGAGAGAGAGAGAGGGAGAGAGAGGUGGGGAGAAGAAGAAGAGGAGAGAAGAAGUAGAAAAUAUUCUGUACCUUUGAAUUUCUUCUCUCUCAUCCUACCAUUUCUGAUCUCUCUCUUUCUCUCUGUGCCCAAUGGAAACCAUUCUCUCUCCUGGCCCCUUCUGUCCUCUCUUCAAAGCUUCCUCUUCAAAGGUCCUUCUCUCCGCCUCUUUGCAAGCCAGAUCACAUUCUGCCUCUGUAGCAACAAGACCCAUCAAUUGUAGCCUCAGAAAACAGCCCCAUCCAUCAGUUGCUGACCGCUCUUUCCCAAUACCCAGAAGCUGGUUUUCCCAUCUGCAGAGCGGAGUGGCGGCUCUGGCCAUCUCUCUGGCGCUCAACUUCUGCCCGAUUCUGCAUAGCGGCUCUGCAUUGGCGUCCGAAUUUGAUGUCUUGAACGACGGCCCGCCGCAGGAAUCUUACGUUGUCGAUGACGCCGGCGUGCUCAGCCGAGUCACCAAAUCUGAUUUGAAGCGGCUCUUGUCGGAUUUGGAGUCGAGGAAGAACUUACACAUCAAUUUCAUCACUGUUCGUAAGCUCACGAGCAAAGCUGAUGCUUUUGAGUAUGCUGACCAAGUACUAGAGCGCUGGUAUCCCACCAUUGAAGAAGGCAACAACAAGGGGAUUGUUGUGCUCGUUACCAGCCAGAAAGAAGGAGCAGUUACUGGUGGCCCUGCCUUUGUCAAGGCUGUAGGUGAUAGCAUUCUUGAUGCCACCGUGUCAGAGAACCUUCCUGUCUUGGCCACGGAAGAGAAGUACAAUGAAGCAGUUUUCAGCAGCGCCAAACGGCUAGUCGCCGCCAUUGACGGACUGCCGGAUCCCGGUGGCCCGAUGGUCAAAGACAACAAAAGAGAGUCCAACUUCAAAACCAAGGAAGAGACAGAACAGAAGCGGGGACAGUUCACACUUGUGGUCGGAGGUCUGCUGGUGAUCGCCUUUGUUGUUCCCAUGGCACAGUACUAUGCUUAUGUCUCCAAGAAGUGAAGAAAAUUAAUGAUUCUAGAAAAACAUCUAUGUAAGUCUGUACAAAUGACCAUGAAUUGAUGAAGAACAAGAGUUUGAUUGAGAAAAUUUGCAGUCUGACAGUAGAAGCCGGGAUUUUGACCCUUUUCUGUUCAAUAUAUGAUAAUGCUUUUAUCAGUCA